AUCCGGGAGGGGUAAGAUGGCGGCGGCCAGUCCUGUUUGUCAGGAGUUGGCUGGGAAAUCGGAGCCAGAAGCAGAAGAUGGGGAGAAGAAGCAGGUGGUCGAUGAUGGAUCAGAACCUUCUGGGGAGGUCCAGGACACACAGACAGAAGAUAAGAACCCCAUACACGAGGAUGAGAUGGACUUCAUUGUAGAUGAUGGCAAGGUACUGGCCAAGGCCCUCAAAGUAGCCAGGAGUUUGGGUAGCCGAGAAGAUCCUGUAAGUCGGGACCCGGCCCUUGUCAGCGCCCCUCUCUUAGAUAUGUUUGCCGAGAUUGUUGAAAGCCAAGUGCCCAUCCGCAGCCAACAAAUCGGAGAGCCGGAGUUCAGUCACGAGCAGAAGAUGGCGCUGCUUCUAGACCUCUACAAGACCAAGCCGCUCAUCUUUCUGGAGCGUUUCCGGAAGGUCCUUAAAGAAGAGCAUCUUGAAAGUUUCAGCCACUUAUCUGGUGACUACACCGCUGAUUUCUACUUCAAGGAGAUCCGCAAAGCCUCCCUCAGGAAAGGCCAUCAUACUAGAGUCCGGAACAAGAGGUACGCCGCCCUCCAGCAGCUGAUAUCAGGCGGGGAAUAUUUCAGCGAUGAGCAGAUGCGAGUUAGAGACCCCCUCAUGUACGAGCACUACGUGGGACAGUACCAGAGCGAGGAGGAGAUCAUGUCACAGAACAGUCGGGAUAUGGCUCAGGCCAGCUGUCUAUCAGACGUUCUCCUCAACUCCUGUCAGGAGGAGUCCUUGCAGAGGAGGCUGGAGGCUCAGCGGGAGAUGGAGCACAACUGUGAAGAAGAGGAGGAGGAAGAGGAUGACGACAAUGAAGAGGAAGACUCUGAACUGCAGUCUGAUGAGGAGGAAGAGUUGGCCAACGAGGAAAGGGCGCUCAUGAGAGCGGAGUUCGUCAGCCGCAUGCAUCAGAGGUUUCUAGACGGAAAAGAUCGAGAUUUCGACUACAGUGAAGUCGAUGAUAACCCAGAAUUUGACAACUUGGACAUUGUCAAUCGGGAUGAAGAAGAGCGAUACUUCGAUGAUGAUGACGACGAAGGUAUAGACGAGAUGGAAGAGGAUGAAAGGGAAAAUGGACAGGAAAGGGACAACAGUGAGUGACCAUAUGGUAAAUCCCUUAAAGCUCAUUACAUGGACAGGAACAACCUCCUCACAUCCUUGUCUGUAUAGAGGAGCUGCAGCAAAAUACUGUCUGUGCUCUGGGACGGCCACUAGAGGGCAGCAGUCAGCCAGUCAUGAUUUCUGGCAGCUCUUACAAGGGGGAGGCAUUUGCCCAGAUUCGGACUUUCCACUAAAACAUGUUUUUGUUACACCCGCAAAAGUUUGGAGGCGUCCGGAAGACCAUUCAUGAGCUGAAUUUGUACAUUUGGUUGAGAGUGACUGCCGACAACAUGCUCUACAAAAGACUAUGGCGAAAUGCUGUUUGUUGUGUUGUCUUUUCUUUUCUGGUAAAUUCUUGUAUAUUCUGAGCAGUGCCGGAGACGGUGGACAAAUCGAUUUAUGAGAGGUUGUACAUAUAGGUGGCAGCAUUCAACUCUUUUAGGUUGAGGCAGGAAUCUGCUUAUUCUGUUGCGUUUUUGAGUUAAAAAAAAUAAAAAAUAAAAAUCUACUUUUGCAGAAACAAAGG